UUGGAGAAGCCAAAUAAAAUUAUAAAAAGAGUUUCUCCAAUGGCGUCAAUAAUAUCAAUAACUACUACACUAGCUUAUCUUCUUCUUCUUCUCCCACUAUUAUUCUUGGUUUCCACCGCCUAUGCUGCUGAGAAUUCAUCCGCUGAUGGAGAUGUUUUUCUUCCAUCAGCUGUGAAAGAGCCUUUAGCCGCUCCUGCCCAGAAACCAGAUUUGGAGAUGGAUCCUUUAGCCUCCAAGUGGGAAAUUGUAACUCAAAACGUGGGUGUUUCCGCCAUGCACAUGCAGUUGAUGAUAAACAACAAGGUUGUCUGGUUUGACACCACUAAUCUUGGUCCCUCCGCACUUAUGCAAAAUCCUAGGUGGUGCAGAAAAGAUCUCAAGGGACUUGAUGACUGCUGGGCUCAUGGCGUUACCUAUGAUCCCUACACCGCUAAAGUUGUCAAAACACUCGGGCUGACCCUGAAUCCAUGGUGCUCAUCGGGAGGGCUGUCGAGCACCGGAAAAUUGAUAAACACGGGAGGCUACGACAAUGGUAUUCGAGGAAUUAGAAUCGUGGAUCCCUGCGAUACCUGCGAUUUCAGGGAAAAUAUUGGACUUGCUUCAAACAGAUGGUAUGCUUCUCAACAAAUGUUGGAAAAUGGUGAUAUUAUCGUGGUGGGAGGGAGAAGAUCUCCCAACUAUGAAUUUAUCGUGCCAGAUCAGCUUAAAUUCCCAAACAAACAAUUUCCACUUCGGCUGCUCGUGGAAACCACCGACGGCCAUCUGGAGAAUAAUUUGUAUCCAUUUGUGUACCUUCUCCCCGACGGCAACGUCUUCCUCUUCGCCAACGAUCGCUCCAUUAUUUUCAACCCUAGAACCGGACGGACCAUUCGGGAGCUCCCCAAGCUACCAGGGGGAUCUCGGAACUACCCGGCGUCGGGGCAAUCGGCGCUUCUUCCUCUCAAGCUAACGCCGAAUACCAAAGCCAAUGAUUUUGUGAAGGCGGAGGUUAUUGUUUGCGGCGGCAAUACACACGAAGCCUUCAAGGUCACGGAGAGACCACCGAGACAAUUCCCGCCGGCGUUGAAGGAUUGCGGCAGGAUUGUUGCGAAUCAAGUAGGGGCACAGUGGGAAAUUGACGAGAUGCCGUCGAGGAGGGUUAUGGGAGAUAUGUUGAUUCUCCCCAACGGGGAUCUCCUCCUUCUUAAUGGCGCACAAACAGGGACCGCGGCGUGGGAUGCGGCUGAGGAGCCGAAUUUCACGCCGGUGCUUUAUAGCCCUAAUAAACCGAAAGGGAGUAGGUUUACUCAGUUGAAGCUUACAAGAAUCGCCAGAAUGUACCAUUCAUCUUCUGGGGUUAUGCCCGAUGGUAAGAUCUUAGUCGCCGGAAGUAACACCCACGCUACCUACGAUUUCAAAGCCAAAUACCCAACCGACAUGCGUGUCCAGAAAUUCUCCCCACCCUACUUAGCUCCCGCACUGCAAAAGUUCCGCCCGGAGAUUGUGGACAUUACCCCAAAGCAAUUGGUUUAUGGACAGAAUUUCAAGAUUAAUAUCAGGCUAGAUGUUCCUGCGGACAUAUCCGGUAUUAAGGUUACCAUGUAUCCGCCGCCUUUCACCACUCACGGAUUCUCUCAGGGUCAAAGGAUGCUCAUUUUGGGACUCACCUCUGUGGCCAACAAAACCAUCUCUGCGGUGGCGCCGCCCUCUGGCAAGCUCGCACCACCAGGCUACUACUUGAUCUUUGUUGUGCAUCGUGGCGUACCUAGCAAGGGAAUGUGGGUGCAUAUUAAAUAGAAUAGAAUAGAAUAUGCCCGCACAGGUUGGGCUCGCUUGUUCAAUAGGCAGUAUUUGAGUGCAUUUAGCCCUAUACUGUUAUCUACAUCCUCUCACAUGCUUUAUAGUGGUGUCAUUAGGAGCUUUCCUUAGGGUUGAUCGAGAAUUCAACCUUUUUGGGAGAAGUAUAGAAUAGAAGAUUGGCAUUGAAUUUUUUUUUUUUUUACCUCAAUACUUCUGUAAUCUUGUACAGAGUACCAUGUAAUAAUAUAUAGAGAACCAACACUUUUUCGUUAA